AUGGCUCAAGAGCAGCAAAGAACAACUCUGAUUUUCCAUGGCAAGAGAACAACAUGGAUUUCUCCCCCUAGCCUGAAGGAACUUCUGAACCUGAAAGCCAAGUAUCCAAAGGCACCGCUGGUUGUGGGGAACACCAGCGUGGGACUCAAAAAAAAUCACCAUGGUGCCUAUCAUCCAAUCAUUCUCCAUCCUGUUAGGAUUCCAGAAAUGCAUGUUGUGAGUAGCACAAAUGAUGGGCUAGUGAUAGGAGCUGCCUGCUGCUUGGCCCAGCUCAGAGAUAUCCUGAUGGAGGCAGUCCCAAAACUUGCAGAGGAGAAAACAAAAAUCUACCGAGCUCUCUUGCAGCACCUGAGAACUCUAGCUGGAGAACAGAUGAGGAGCAUGGCAUCUUUAGGAGGACACACAGUAAGCAGGGGAUCAACCUGGGACUUGAACCCAAUCUCAUCAGUUGGCAAAUCUGUUCUCAGUUUGGCAUCAGAAGAUGGGAAAAGACAGAUUCUUUUAAAUGAUCAGUUUCUUGCUGGCUGUGAGCAUGCAGACCUAAAGGCCAAGGAAGUCAUUGUUUCUGUUCUCAUCCCAUACUCUAUGAAGAAUGACUUUAUUUCAGCCUUCAGACAGGCUGAAAGCCAGAAAAAUGCUUUGUCCAUAGCGAAUUCUGGAAUGCGAAUCCUCUUCUGUCCAGGCACAGACACCAUUGUAGAUCUGAGUAUUUUAUAUGGAGGCAUUGGCUCAACCAUACUCAGUGCAAGAAAGUCCUGUGAGAAGCUCAUAGGAAGGCAAUGGAAUGAUCAGAUGCUGAAUGAAGCUUGCAGACUGGUGCUGGAGGAAAUUUUUCUCCCUCCAUCAGCUCUGGGUGGAAAAGUAGAAUACAGAAGAACUCUGCUUGUCAGCUUCCUUUUCAGGUUUUACCUGGAAGUCUUACAUGGUUUAAAUCAGAUGGAUGUUGACCCAGGUGUGACAGAAAAGGACUUAACUACAAUCCACACACCAGGACAGUCUCCACAAGAUCCUGUGAGCCGUCCCAUCAUGCACCAGUCUGGUAUUAAGCAUACCACUGGCGAAGCGGUUUACAUUGAUGACAUUCGUCCAGUGGAUGGAGAACUUUCACUGGCUCUGGUCACCAAUAUUAAAGCCCACGCAAAGAUUACGUCAAUCGAUGCAUCAGAAGCCCUUCAGGUGCCCGGAGCGGUUGAUGUAGUGACAGCAAGGGAUGUUCCAGGGGAAAAUGGCAAGGAUGAGCAAGCAUAUGCAGAAGAUAAGGUGGUUUGUGUUGGUCAGAUAAUCUGUGCUGUGGUUGCAGAGUCACUGACUCAGGCGAAGUGUGGGGCUGAAAAGGUGAAGAUAGUGUAUGAAGAUCUGGAGCCAAUUCUGACCAUUGAGGAAAAUGGCACAAAAGUAAAGUGUUGGGUAGAAAUGGGUAGAAAAAGUGUAAUACAAGAAGGGCAUACUGAUGGAAAGAGGAUAAGAAGGGAAGAGGAAAGCUGCAUUUUCCCUCAGGGUGAUUCAGGAGAAGGUGAAUUGCACAUGGGAGGACAGGAACAUUUUUACCUGGAAACAAAUAGUGUGCUUGUUAUUCCAGGAGUGGAGGAUAAAGAAAUGGACGUGUAUGUGUCAACUCAGCAUGCAACAGAUGUACAGGAAUUUGUGGCUUCAGCUUUAAACCUCCAGUACAAUAAAAUUAUGUGCCACAUGAAACGUGUUGGUGGAGCAUUUGGUGGGAAGAUUACUAAACCUUUACUCUUUGCUGUAAUUGCAGCAGUGGCAGCCAACAAAUGUUGGAAAUACAUGAGGGAAAAGACUGCUAAUGCAUCGGUUACUAUAUUACAGGUUGGAUUCAUGAAUGAUGGUAGAAUCAGAGCUGCAGAUUUUCAGUGCUAUAUAAAUGGUGGCUGUACAAAAGAUGAAUCUGAGUCGGUGAUUGAGUACCCUGUGUUGAAAGUGGACAAUGCAUAUAAUAUCCUCAAUCUCCGAGUCAGGGGCCAUGCCUGCAAGACUAAUUUGCCUUCUAAUACUGCCUUCCGAGGAUUUGAGUUUCCUCAAGCAGGUCUGUUUGUGGAGACCUGUAUUGUGGCUGUGGCAACCCAAACUGGCCUACCACAUGAGAAGGUUAGGGAAAUAAACAUGUACAAAGGAGUUAACCUAACGUCCUUCAAAGAAAAGUUUGAUGCAGAGAAUCUGUGGAAAUGUUGGGAAGAAUGUUUGGAUAAGUCUGACUACUACAGCCAAAAAGCAAUGGUGAAAGAAUUUAACACAAAAAAUUAUUGGAAAAAGAAAGGGAUUGCCAUCAUUCCCAUGAAGUUUUCUGUUGGAUUUAAUGCAACUUAUUUUCAUCAGAUUGCUAGUCGUGAACUGAAGAUACCAUUGUCAUAUAUACACUUGUGUGAAACAAGCACAACUGUACCUAGUGGCAAAUACACAGCAGGUUCAAUUGGAGCAGAAAUCAAUGCAAGAGCAGUCCAGGAUGCUUGUCAAAUCCUUUGGAAGCAUCUGGACCCUAUACAAAGAGACAAUCCUAACGGCAAAUGGGAAGACUGGAACAUCGGAACAGACAUUGUCAUGGAUGCCUGUUUUACUAUAAAUCCAACUAUAGAUAUAGGACAGAUUGAAGGGGCCUUCAUUCAGGGAGUUGGUCUUUAUACGUUAGAAGAAAUCUUCAUUUCCCCAGAAGGAGAGCAGCUCACUCUUGGCCCGGAUACAUAUAAGAUCCCUGCCAUCUGUGACAUUCCCGAGCAGUUCUGUGUCUAUUUACUGCCAAAUUCACGUAACUCGAUUGCUAUCUAUUCUUCCAAGGGUGUGGGUGAGGCCAGAUUCUUCUUGGGCAGCUCAGUGUUCUUUGCAAUACGAGAUGCAGUGGCUGCUGCACGAAAAGAAAGAGGACUGCCCCUGGACUUCACACUGAACAGCCCCUUGGCUGUUGAGCGGAUACACAUGGCCUGUGAUGAUGUCUUUACUGAGAUGCGGGCUGCCGAAACCCCACGCAAAGCGGGGCUCCGUCCUGCCCCGGGGCUCCUUGUCCGCCUCCGCUCCGUGCGCCGCCCUCCUCGGAGCGCAAACCAGGCCAGACGGCAGCCCUCCCGGCGGCGGACCGCCGCAGGGCACCGCCAUCCCACGCGGGACCCUCCCGACCCGGCGGGAUGGGGUGGGACCGCGCCCGCCGCCAGGGGGCGCCGCCCUCCCCCCCAGGGACUGAUCCACGCGCACCGCCGGCGCGGGGCGGGGGGACGGGUACCAGGCGGCUACUUGCGUGUGACGGUAAAUCACGAGGGUGGCGGGCGCGCUCACUCCCGGGGAGGGGGAGCGGGCGGGCACCCCCGCUGGCCGGGAAGGGGGAGCACCUCCGGCAGAGGACCGGUAGGUGCCCGUGGGCCCGCGGCGCCGGGCCGGCCGCUGGAAGCUAGGCGGCCCCGGGAAGCCCGGCCCCCUUCCCUGGCCCUUUUUCUCUCCAUCCUCUCUGGCGGAGCGGGAUGGUCCGUUCCGGGCGGGGCGGAGCGCGGCCCUCCCCUCUUCCUCUCGCGUUGGUUCCGCUCCGAGAGCUUUCGCCGCCGCUCCUCGCUGCUGCUCGCGCCCGCCUCCGCUCCGGGCCGCUCGGGCGUUUUCUCUCUGCCUUAA